GUGAUUGGCUGAUCGGGCCGCUUUCAUCUGUAAGCUCUGUACUAUUUUGGCAGAAGACACCGGGGAUCGGAAGGUUGUAGAUCGUCAUGGCCAGCAGCAGAGGUACCGGUAACUUAAAUCAUGAACUUUCCAAACUGUUCAAUGAGCUCUGGGAUGUGGAUGUGAAUCGGAUGUCUCCUGGAAAAGAUUACCGAAUCUCCCUACAGGGGCAGGCCGGGUAUGUUCCAGCUGGCAGUAAGACGGCUAGAGACAGUGCUCAGUGCCCGCUCUUCCUGUAUGUUAAUGAAGAGAAGCUAAAAAGUAUAAAGACCUUUGCAGCCUUCAUUUCCCUACUUGACAACUAUGAGAUGUCCACUGGGGUGGCCGAAGUUGUGACGGCAGAAGAAAUCGCCGAAAUGAACCGGUUCCUCGACGCCAUCCUGGAAACCAAAGUGAUGAAGGUUACUCAUGAAUAUCUCGUCAAGAAAAAAUUGGCAAAGCCGAAUCUGAAGGACUUCAAAUCUCAGUUAUACAGCAUCUGGUUCCAGCUGUACAGCCGAGAACCAGGAAAGGGACCAGAUUCUUGUGGCUUUGAGCACGUGUUUGUGGGUGAGUCAAAGCGAGGGCAGGAGAUUAUGGGGCUCCACAACUGGGUCCAGUUCUACCUACAGGAGAAGAGGAACAACAUAGACUAUAAAGGGUUUGUGGCCCGUCGCUACAAGAGCCGGCCUGAUGAAGAUGACCAGGUGCUCAACCUGCAGUUCAGCUGGAAGGACAUGGUGAAACCGGUGGGGAGCAGCUUCAUUGGAGUCAGUCCUGAGUUUGAAGUCGCCGUCUACACCAUACUUUUCCUGAUGUCACAGGAGAAGAUCACCAAAGAGGUUGUCCGGGUGGAGGAAUACGAGCUCCAGAUCGUUGUCAACCGCCAUGGGCGCUAUAUUGGAACAGCCUAUCCUGCCCUGCUGAGCAGCAACAACCCAGACUUAUACUGAGCUCCUGUCACAUUUCACCUGCUGCCCCGUAGUGUCUGCUCAACAGAAGGGAACCUAUCAACUUUGUAUGCCAGAAAACCUUUGCCAUUUGAAAAGUGGCA